AUGAACCAACAAAUGAAGGGGCUCCUGAAAAGGUGUUACACGAUGGGAAAAACGGAGAAAACAAAUCCACUAAUUUUAAUUUCUAACAACGAGAAUAUUCAUUUCAAUUUAUCGUUAGAAAAUUUCCUCCUAAAUAACUAUAAUGAUUUAUUAAAAUAUUUAAACGUUAACACAGUUGAAAAGUAUGUUGAGCCUGUUUUAUUUUUAUGGAGAAAUAAUAAAUCAAUCAUAAUUGGAAAAAACCAAAAUAUAUGGAGUGAGUGUAAUUUAUCAAAUAUAAAAGAAGACAAUGUGUUAGUAGCUCGUAGAUUUACAGGUGGUGGAGCAGUAUAUCAUGAUUUACAAAAUAUAUGUUUUACCUUUCUAAAUAAUUAUGAAAAUAAAGAAAACAACUUUUCUAUCAUACUAAAUACACUAAAAAAACACUUUGAAAUUAAUGCAGAAACACAAGGAAGAAAUGACAUUACUGUGAAUGAUAGGAAAUGUUCAGGUUCUGCAUACAAGAAAAUAAAAAAUGUAUUCUUACACCAUGGUACCAUAUUGGUUAACCUAGAAAAAGAUGUAUUAAAUAAAUAUUUAACUCCUGAUAAAAUAAAAUACAUAAAACAUGGUGUAUCUAGUGUUAAUGCAAGAACUAUCAAUUUAAAAGAAAUAAAUCCAAAUGUUACUUGUCAGAAUUUAUGCACAGCAUUAAUUAAAGAAUUUCAUAAAUUUUACGAACAAAAUUUUGACAACAAGAGAAUCAACCAGGAGGAAAACAAAACACAAUAUUCUGCUUCUGCAAAUUUAGAAGAUCAUAUGGACAGUGAAAAAAUCCCCGAUGCUCAUUUAUCUGCCACUAUUAUGGAAAAAGAAAAAUCUAUUGAAAAUUUAAUUGAUAGUUCUUCUAUCAUUUCAAAUAAUUUUAAUAUCCAUUAUGUAGAUACCAAUGAAAACAUUACAAAAAAUCCAGAAUUUCUUAAAUAUUUUAAUAUGUUAAAAGAUUGGGAUUGGUGUUAUGGGAAAACUCCCAAAUUUCAAAACCGACUUUGCAAGCAAUUUAAUUUUGGAAAAUUCGAAAUUUUUUUUAAUGUAUCUGAUGGUAUAAUUAAAGAUGGUAAUAUUUUUUCAGACUCCUUAGACAUCAACCUAAUUGAUCAAUUAAAAUUUAUUUUUAAUAACGAUAUUAAAUAUUCAAAGGAUACUGUUGCUCAGUUCUUAAACAGUUUACAAGUGGAAAAUAAAAAUGCCCUCGAGGAAAUUGCCUCUUGGAUUUUACAGGAACUAUGA